AUAACGAGAAAGAUAUCUUCUCUAAUGACGUCAUGCUGGAGUAUACCGAGGAGUGCUACCUGCCGUGGCCGAGAUCUCCUGACUCCGGGCGCUCGAGCCUGGAGCCAACACCAUCUUUGGACAGUAACGAGUCACCAACACACAUCGCAUAUCGAGGAAUGCCCAACGAUAUAGUUUUAGAAGACAGUGUGGAAGAUGGGGAAGCUCUAGAAGGAUCUGGAAAGAGGAGAGGACGUGCGACUAACGCCGCUGUCCUACGGAGACGUCGUCUAGCCGCCAACGCUAGAGAACGUCGAAGGAUGCAGAAUUUGAACAAGGCUUUUGACAGACUUCGCGGUCACUUGCCAUCCUUGGGCGCUGACCGUCAACUCUCCAAGUACGAGACCCUGCAGAUGGCACAGACUUAUAUCGCAGCACUUUACGAGUUAUUGCAGUAAAGGUAUGAAAAUAAUUAGGAAUAGACAGUCUUUUUAAAUCAAGGCGAAAGACGCUUAGUGUUGCUAAACGCUAAAAAUUGCCAAAUUUUAUAUAGAAGUAGUUCGUACAGGGAUAUUUAUUGUUUUAAUCUAAAUGUAACUGUUACCAAUUAGUAUAGUGAUGUUGUAAAAAAUAUCGAGUGUUAGAAAAAAUCAAAAGAUAGUUUAGGAUAUUUGAGAAUCGAUUAGAUUAUUGUCUUAAUUUUUAAUCGAUUUAAUAAAAUAUUUGGGUAUUAUACGCUUUUUAAAUUAGAUUUAGUUUUAGUUGUGCUAAUGUAAUCCGUCCUACCGAUUAUUUUUUAUUAUUUAUUUAAAUAUUUUAUUGUAAAUUAACAACACCACAACAUAGAAAUUAAAAUGUAAUAAAACUGGUAGUACUUAUAGCAACAGCUAAAAUGUUUUAUUAGGAUUUUUAUGUACUAUUUCUUUUGCUAGAUUUUUAAUAUGUACUUAAUUAGACCUUU